GCUGCCUACUUCCCGUACUCCCGUCCGUCGCGUGUGUCGCGCGUAAUCUCUCUCUCUCUCUGUUGCUCUGUGCAGAGAUCACCGCCGCCACAGCUUCGCCGUCGAGCACCUGAUCUCCCCGUCGAAACCCUAGCUCCAUCCUCUCUCCUCCAGUUCCCCGUAUCUCAGCUCAAGGAGUAAGGAAGUGAGGAAUCUCUGUCCUCGGAGGUCCAGGAAACCUAAUCCGCCGACUUGAAAUUUCCCCAUUCGAUCCGCCCCCUCACAUUGCGUCAGAAUUCCCCAUUGCGGUUGCUCAGGCUACCGAGCUAACUCGUGGAUGACCAGUUUCCCAGUUCUUGAUCCUUCGAUUUUUGUGAAAAUUCGCUCAUGAGAUGGCUUGGGAUCGACUCACUUUCUGAAGAAAGUUAGCUUUGAUCGGAUUCUGCUCUGUUGCUUCUGUUCCCCCCGUGUUUACUAGUGACUGAAGCAUUGCGACAUUUUCCAUAGGCAGAACAUAGCGUUUUGUCUGGUGGAAGUCGUGGAGGACCUCUCUGUUACCUGAGUCAAGUCCUGGGCAAAUUCCCGAGAUCUUUUUCUGAUGUGUUUAAGUGGAGGAUCUGAUGGUUGAGGGAAAUGGAGGGAGGUAAAGAUUGUAGUAAUGGUAGAGAGAAUGGGACCGGCUCUGGAAAUGGUCGGCCUCCAAACCCACUUGCAGCUUCUUAUCGGCAGUCUUUCAGUGGUGACCAUAAUGAUCUGGUCCCGUGUAAGAAGUCACUCGUUCGCCACCCUUCUCUUAUGAGGACGAGGAUGUCAGAUGUCUCUAUCGAACCAAUCACUGCGGCAGAGUAUUUUGAGUCAGGAUUUUUUCCAAUCAUCCGUUCUGGAGCAUGGGCUGACAUCGGUUUCCGGUCAAGUAUGGAAGAUGUGUAUGUUUGUGUGGAUAAUUUUGCGCAUGAUUAUGGACUUGAGAAUCUAAGCGGUGGGCCUAAUGCCUUCUAUGGGGUUUUCGAUGGGCAUGGGGGAAAGCAUGCUGCUGAUUAUGCCUGCUGUCACUUGCUGAGGAUCAUUCUUGAAGACGAAGACUUCCCUCACGAGAUCGAGAAGGUCAUUUCUUCUGCCUUCUUACAGACUGAUGCUGCCUUUGCCAAAGCUUGCUCAUUAGAUGCAGACCUCGCUUCUGGAACCACAGCAUUGGCAGCAAUAGUCAUGGGGAGAUUCCUAGUGGUGGCUAAUGCUGGAGAUUGUAGAGCGGUCCUAUGUCGCCGAGGGAAAGCAAUUGAGAUGUCGAGGGACCACAAGCCUGUAUGCGCCAAAGAACGGAAACGGAUCGAGGCUUCCGGAGGUUAUGUCUAUGAUGGGUACCUCAAUGGGCAACUGAACGUGGCCCGAGCCCUAGGUGACUGGCCUAUGGAAGGGAUGAAGACGAUGGGCAGUGAUAAUGGCCUAGGCCCAUUAAGUGCUGAGCCAGAACUUAUGACAACCAACUUAACAGAGGAGGAUGAGUUCCUCAUAAUCGGGUGCGAUGGGAUAUGGGACGUAUUCCGGAGCCAGAAUGCAGUGGACUUUGCCAGGAGGAGGCUCCAGGAGCACAAUGACCCGAGCCUCUGCAGCAAGGAUCUCGUGGACGAGGCCCUCAAGAGGAAGAGCGGGGACAACUUGGCUGCAAUUGUCGUCUGCUUCCGGCCGCAGCCGCCCCCGAACUUGGUUACUCCGCGGCCAAGGGUUCAGCGGAGCUUCUCAGCAGAGGGGUUGAGGGAGUUGCAGAGCUUCUUGGACAGCUUGGGCGAGCAAGGAGGAGACGGGAAUUGCCCCUGAGACCAUUGUCGUGAUUGUUCAUUAGGUUUCUCUUUUUCCGCCGGCUUAGUUGCUAGGUUUCUGAGUUCCAAGAUUUGGUAGAAAAAUUUUUCGAGUUCUAACUGUAACAUAUGCGGCAUCUUAUUCGCGGUAUACUUGGCUCUCUGUUUUUCCUGGUUGAGAUGGAGAUCCAAUGUUCUAUAGGUUUCUUGUUUGUGCUUCUUUCCUCUUGGUCUCUUGCUAUUUCUGAUCUUUCUGUUCAUUGAGAUUAUUAAACCAUUUAUUUCCAACAGAAAUUGGAAUUCUUUCCUAUU